CUUUCCCUGUUGUUUGACAAGCUACCAUCAGCGACGCCGAGAGAGAGUGACUCCGAGUGACACAGGAUGGCCUUUGACUACAUCAUCGCCGGCGGUGGCCUCUGCGGCUGCACGCUGGCUUCGAGGCUCUCCGAGACGAGCACGGUGCUCCUCAUCGAGGCGGGCAAGGACGUCAAGGACCACCCGCUGACACAGACGCCGCUGGCGUGCAUGGGCGCCCAUGGCUCCGAGCUCGACUGGAACCACAAGACGACGCCCCAGGCGGGGCUGCGGGGGCGAGAGUGCUACCAGGCUGCGGGCAAGGCGCUCUCGGGAGGCACGGCGAUCAACUACGGCAGCUGGACGAGGGGGCCUGCAUUUGACUAUGACUUGUGGGCCGAGCUCGUGGGUGACCAGGCGUGGAGCUAUGCAUCGAUGCUCCCGUAUUUUAAGCGGGUGGAGCACUAUCAUGGCGCAAUGGAUGGUGCCCAUGGCUCCUCGGGCCGUAUCCACAACAUAAGCGUACAAACGUCGAGCUCCGACCGCGUGUACCCUCUCUCGGAGCCUAUGCUCGACGCAUGGAGGGAGAUCGGCCUGAAGAAGAUCGCAGACGGCAACGCAGGCUAUCCCAUUGGCUUGGGCGACUACGUCGAGAAUUUCUACCAGGGCAAGCGGCAGCUCGCCAGCGAAGCGUACAGUUUAAAAAAUGUUGUCGUCGUGACCGAUGCGACUGUCAAGCGGGUCCUUUUCGCCGGCAGGAGGGCAACAGGUCUUGAGCUCGUCGACGGGAGGACGUUUCGCGCAGAGAAGGAGGUCAUUGUCGCAGCAGGAGCCUACAAGACACCCCAAAUCCUCAUGCUCUCGGGCGUGGGUCCCAAGGCAGAGCUCGAGAGGCAUCAGAUACCCUUGGUGGCCGACAACGAGGACGUCGGCCGACACUUUCACGACCAUUUCGCCGUCGCUCAGUGGUGGCAGAUCAAGGACGCAGACGCGGGCAAGGCUAUGGGGACUCCCCUAUGGACGUCGCCCGCAUACACUAUGGGCCUUGCCUGCAACCACAUUGUCGUGCAGUCGCACCGCGAGCAGCUCAAGCAUGUCCUUCCAGAGGACGAUGCGCUCUUGCGCGACGGGGCAGCGCACACGGAGACGCUCAUCGUCUACGCACCCGCCAUGGCCGCAGUCAGUGGGCAGCAGGUACCCCUGGACGGGACGCACAUGGCGACCGUCGUCUUUCUCAUGACGCCCACGUCGAGAGGCACCAUCACCCUGCGCGAUGCAGAAGCCACCUCGAUGCCUCUGAUCGAUCCGGCCUACUAUACGACCGCGGCGGACCGGGUCACGAUGCGCCAGGGCCUGCGCGAUGCCACGCGGGCCAUGACGACGACCAGGGGUGGUCGAAGCGCCAUCGAAUGUGAGCGUCCGCCCAAGGGAAUGGCGCCGCUGACUGCCCAGAGCACCGAUGCGGACAUCGACGAGCGCAUCGAGGCCAUCGGCGGCACAAUCUUCCACCCGGCCGGCAGCGUGGCCAUGGGCAAGGCUGUCGACCCGCAGUGCAGGGUGAAGGGCGUCGAGGGCUUGCGUGUUGUCGACGCCAGUGUGCUGCCACUGCCCCUCUGUGCCCACUACCAGGUAGUGCUCUACGCGCUUGCUGAAAAGGCGGCCGAUCUCAUCCAGAAUAACACUGCGACGGCCUGAUCCCCUCCUGAGUAACACUCGUUCUAAACUUGUAUCAAAUUGCAAAGUAUGUCCAGAGGCAGGCAAUUUUCACUGCCGCGUAAUUGCCCACUGCAUGCCUUGAUAGACUGCAUGGCUGAGUGCUUCGUCGUCGGCUAGCCA